AUGUAAUAACUGAAUGGCAAUGAUGAGACAUCUACUUUAGAUGAGAACAUUUCUAAAUAUUAUCAAAUAAUAGAAUUCAAAGGUAAAGGAGCUUAUGGUAUAAUUUGGAAGGCAAUAGAUAAAUAAACAAAGAAAAUAGUUGCUUUGAAAAAGGUUUUUUUUAUAAAGUAUUGUAAAGGUUUUUGAUGCAUUCUCAAAUGAUACAGAUGCAUAGAGAACAUAUAGAGAAGUAAUGUACCUCUAACAAUUGACGUAACAUGAAAAUAUAGUGAAAUUAUUACGUGUACAUAGAGCUUUGAAUAUGAAAGAUUUCUAUAUGACAUUUGAAUAUAUAGAAUCAGAUCUUCAUAAAGUAUAAAUAGUUUAUAAUAAGGUGAUUCGAGCAAAUCUUUUAUAAGUAUAACAUAUUAUUUACAUACUUUACUAAUUGCUGAAAUGCUUAAAAUAUAUUCAUUCUGGAGGAUUAAUUCAUAGGGAUUUAAAGCCCUCAAAUAUAUUGAUAGAUUCAGAUUGUAGAAUAAAAUUAGCGGAUUUUGGUUUAGCAAGAUUAGCAAAUGAAGUUGAUGGAAGUAGCGUGAUGACUGAAUAUGUUGCAACUAGAUGGUAUAGAGCUCCUGAGAUUCUGUUAGGAUCUCCAAUAUAUUCAAAGGCUGUAGAUAUGUGGAGUGUAGGAUGUAUCUUAGGGGAAAUGAUAUUAUGUAAAUCAUUGUUUGCUGGUUAAUCAACAUUAAAUUAAUUAGAAAAAAUUGUAGAAGUACUUGGUAGGCCUACAUUAGAUGAUUUAAAUUAAAUAAAUGCACCUUUAGCUGAUCAAAUAUUUAGAGAAAUUUAAAAUACAAGAAAUAGAAAUUUAUCAUCAUACAUCAAAACUUAAGAUCAGAUUAUAGAUUUUAUUUAAAAAUGUCUUACUUGGAAUCCAUCUAAAAGAAUGACAGUUGAAGAAGCAAUCUCUCAUUCUUUAUUAAAUGAAUUUAGAGGAUCAGAACCUGAAUUAACAUAUUCAGAUUAAAUUAAAAUUGAUUUACCAGAAAAUUUUAAAUUUGAUAGAAAAAAAUAUAGAGAAAUUCUAUAUAAAUUAGAUAUUAAUUAUUAAAAAUAGCAAUAUAUUCGAUAAUUAACUUAGGAAGAUUAAAUUCCUUCAACUUUAAAAAGUAAUUUAAAAAUACCUCAUUAAUAUCAAACUUAAUUUAAAAAUAUAAAUAAUGGGAUUGAAAUUAAAUAAUUUAAGAAAUCAAGAUCUUAAAAUAAAUAAUCAAAUUAACUUUAAUAAUAUUGUUCACAUUUAGAUAUUUAAAAUCAUAUUUUAAUAAGUUAAUCUUUAUAAUAAUAGAAUUUACUUCCUAUUAAACAUAAAUAAUUAUAGAAUAGAGUUAAGACUCUUCCUGAAAAUAAUGUUGAAAUAAUUUAAACAAUUGAACCUAAAAGUCCAGUUAGAGGCAGAUAUUUUUCAUAAAAUAAAAUACUACAAUAACCUUAAAUGAUUACUUCAACUACUCCUAUUAAAAGUAAAUCAAUGAAAAAUAGAAAGUAUAAUAAUUCUGUAGAUUUUAAUUCUUAUCUUAACAAUAGUUCAACUAUGUAAAAACUAUUGACUACCUAUUUGAAUCCAAAAAGACCAACAAAUUAUAACUUCAAAAAAAUUGCUAUAAGAAAUAAAACAAAUAUGGAUAAAACUUUCAUUAAAAAGCAUAUUGCAUCAAUACAUAAUAUAGAUGCUGCCAGCGUGAUCUCCCUCUUAAAAUGA